GCACGGUGUCCAUGCCCUUCUACACGGUGUACGUGCUCAUGGGCUACUGGGACCUCGGCCCCAUCUUGUGUGACCUCUGGCUCUCCGUGGACUACACCGUGUGCCUCGUCUCGCAGUACACCGUACUGCUCAUCACCAUCGACCGCUUCUGCUCGGUCAAGAUCGCGGCUCGCUACCGCUCCUGGCGGACCAAGAACCGCGUCAUCUGGAUGGUGACGGUCACGUGGAUCAUCCCGGCGCUGCUGUUCUUCAUCUCCAUCUUCGGCUGGGAGCACUUCGUCGGCUACCGCGACCUGCUACCCGGCCAGUGCGCCGUGCAGUUCCUCAAGGACCCCGUCUUCAACACGGCGCUCAUCAUCGGCUACUACUGGACCACGCUAGUGGUGCUCUUCAUCCUGUACGGCGGCAUCUACAAGACGGCGUACGAGAUGCAGAAGAAGUCGGAGGCAAAGCAGCGCAAGAUGCAGUCCAUGGUGGCGCUGUCGGCGGGAGCCAUGUCCGGGAUGGCGGGUCGCGCGGCCGGCAUCGGGCUGUCCAAGGGGCAGGCCGGUGCCAUAGACAAGCCCAAAGGCGCGCUUGCCGCGGCCACGCCCAGCCUGGACUGCGCCACCACGUCCAAAACCUCGCCCGUCACCACCACGACGGCCCAGGGCACGGGUACCGACGGGCGCGGCCGGGAGCUGAGCAGCAACGCGGCGGGGGGCAGCGGCGAGAACGAAAAGAGCGAGAGGUCGUCCAGCCCGGCAUUCGAGAGCGACGAGGAUAGCACUACCGUGGCGCAGCAACCGCCUCCUCGCAAGCAGCAGCAGCAGCAACAUCAACGGCAGCCGCAGCAUCCGGCACAGCAGGCACAGCAGACGCAGCAGACGCAGCAGACGCAGCCGCCGCAGCAGCCGCAGCUCCAUCAGCCGUCGCAGCGCGAGCUGGCCAAGAGGAAGGCCUCCACUGCCGGCAUGGUGGCGCACCCCAACACGCUGCAGGUGCUGAGCUGCAGCAUUGCACGCGUCAACGGCUCCGUUCCCCUGCGCUCGCCGGAGCCGUCCCCGACCCCGGCGCGUCUGCCCACGCCCGCCACCACGCCCAACAACCCGCAGCAGGGCGGGUCCCUUCUGGACACGGAGAACCACUGCGAAGCGUCCGCCUCCACCGAGACCCUGACGCCGUUCCCAGCCGCGGUGGUGCCGCCCCCUGCCAAGGAAGCCGCCUGGGACGCGGGCAGCGACCGCUCCAUCUCGGAGAGCGCCAUGUACAAGGUCCCACUGCGGCUCACGCAGUCCCAGACCAUCAUACCCCCGCCGUCCGGCUUCCAGAACAGCCCCGCUGGCUCGGGGUCAUCGCCGUCCUCGAGCGGUGGGGGUCGCCCGCGGAGCCUCCACAUCCCCACGCAGCACGGGCUGUACGACGUGCUCAAGGGGCUGGACACAGCCGACCUCCGCUACAUGGACGAGAGCUCCAUCAUCGUGCCCUCCCCGACGAUCGAGAGCCCGCCGUCAUUCGCUGUGUCGCUCCCCAAGGACUCGACGGCGCCGCCUUCGCCGGGCUCCAUCUCCAUCUCCAGCGACCGCACGACCACAGCCUCGCCGCAGCAGCUGCAGGCGCAGCAGCAACAGCUGCAGAUGCAGCAGGCUGCCAACACAUCACUGCUGCAAGCGGCCCUGAUCCGGGCGGCCGCUCAGCAGCAGCAGAGCGCCGUCCAAGUCAACCUCGUCCCUGCGGCGCGGCCCCCGCAGCAGCACGUCGCUCAGGCCAAGCAGCAGGCGGCCUUGGCGACGGCUCCUGCAGCGGUGCCUCCUGCAGCAGCGCCCGAGCCUCGCCUCCAGCCUGUGGCGGGACCGACAGCCCACGCGGCGCCCCAGUACGGCCACCCCGUCACCAAGGUGGACACGGAGGUGAGCCUAAAGGACGCGCGCCGCCCGGUGACGCAGGUCACGACGGUGACUGAGCGCGAGCCGCUCAUGACGGCCACCCCGGCCACUAACUACUCGACCACGUCCAAUUCGGUGGGCCCGGCGUCGGGCCCGGCCUCGCAGCACGGCUCCCAGGUGGGGACGUCCUCGUCGCACGAGCACGAGUCCGGGUCGGCGCUGGAGACGAGCAACACGCGGGGCUCGCGUCGCGACCUGGUCAAGAACAUUGGCAAGCGGCUCAAGGGCAAGCGCAAACGCAAGGACGGCGCCGCGCGCCAGAAGUCCAAGUCGGAGAACCGCGCGCGGAAGGCUUUCCGCACCAUCUCUUUCAUUCUCGGGGCCUUCGUGGCCUGCUGGACGCCGUAUCACGUGCUCGCCCUAGUCGAGGGCUUCUGCGCCAACCCACCCUGCACCAACGAGCACCUGUACAUGUUCUCGUACUUCCUCUGCUACGCCAACAGCCCGAUGAACCCUUUCUGCUACGCGCUGGCCAACCAGCAGUUCAAAAAGACCUUCACCCGCCUGCUCAAGGGAGACUUCCACGUCACGUAGAUGUUGAGGCCUAACAACAGCGCGCAUCCCGCUCAGUGCGUUAGACUAAGUAGGAUAUUGAUUAUUACCAUCUUGUUUAAAGAAA